CAAAACCCAUUGCAUUUUGCGUGUCUGAUUUUUUUCCUCUGUCGUCUCUGUCCCUUCUGGUUGGUUCUUGGGGAGUAAGUGAGGGAGCACAAUAAGUAACCAUGGGACGCACUCCAUGCUGUGACAAAGAGAACGUGAAGAGAGGUCCGUGGUCUCCGGAAGAAGACGCAGCUCUCAAGUCCUACCUCCAGUCUCAUGGCAGUGAUGGCACCGCCAGCAAUUGGAUUCAUCUCCCCAAAAAAGCUGGCCUGAGGCGGUGCGGGAAGAGCUGCCGUCUGCGGUGGCUGAACUAUCUGAGGCCAGACAUCAAACACGGUGGCUUCACUGAGGAGGAGGACAGCAUUAUAUGCAACCUCUACAACCAGAUGGGAAGCCGAUGGUCAGUCAUUGCUUCUUACAUGCCUGGAAGAACAGACAAUGAUGUGAAGAACUACUGGAACACCAAAUUAAAGAAGAAGCUUUUGGGAGGAAAGAUAAAGAAUAUCAGCAGCAAAGAGCCCACAAUUGCAAACAAUGCCAAUUUUUCUGGAAUCCCAGAAGCCGAGAAACCCCAAGACUCUGCCUUUUCGACUUCCCAACCCCAAGUUCCAUCCACAUUGCAGAUGCUAUAUGAUGUGAAUUCUGGACUGAGUGCAGAUAACCAGACCAUGAGCUUAAACCCUGAUCAGUUAUAUAACCCCAAGCUCUCGGGUUUUUUGGAUUUCGGUGCAAUGUCAAGGGGGAGUUACAGCACUACUGUUUCAUUGUCUCAGGAGGGAUCAAGCGUUUCGGAUUCAUCUUCCAUAGCUGGGAAUCGUUAUCUUGAUCAGGAUUAUGGGUUUUUGAUGGAUUAUGGAUUUGGUGUGGCUUAUGAUAAUAAUGUCAACCAUUAUGGCAUGUGUUUUGGAGACAAAACCAGUGAAGUUGGUCCAACUGGAUGCACAGAUUUGGGUGAUUUCUUUUGAAGCUGAAACUUACAGGAUUGAUCUGAGUCAAAAGGGUUUGUAACAAAUUGGGAAGAAAUGAAUUGGGUUAGAGAAAACAGAAGCAAAAAGCAGAGAAUUCGGAUAGGAAUUGGGGAAGAAAAAUCGCUAACUAGCUAGCUAGAAAUGCUUUAAUUUUCUGUCUUUCACUUGUUCUAGUUUUUAUGGAAACAUAUAAUGUUAAUCAAAUUUGUCCA